UUCCUGAUGAACACUGGCUUACUGAGCGAUACCAGACGAGGGGGGACAACGCCAGAGAAGUAAUUGUCCAUCUGGAUCUUCGAAGUUGUUUGAGAAGGAUAUCAGAAGGACGGACGGCGUGAACCAUCACUUACUUCUCAAGGUAAACUAGGUAUCAGAGCGUGGCAACAGCGAAAGCGACGUGAACGCCCGCGACCGAUGGCAAUAUGAGUCUCCAAUGCCGUGUUUAUUUGACACAGAGGGGCGGCCCAGACUGGACCGUCGGUGGUGGGAGAAUCGACCUCGAUCGAGAUUUGCCUCUUGGCUCCUGGUUUCAUUGCCAGCGUUUCGUGCGCGUCAACACACACCACCUGUUCGUUGCAGACGGUCCAAGGAGCAUUUCAACCAGUCAGUCCAAAGCAUGUUGGCUCCGGCCUACGGAAGCUGGCAACCUGUGAGCAUCCCACGAAAAGACUCCGGUGGCCCAGCAGUGCAGCACCAAGAAGCACCAAGCUGGCCGCUGGCCCCCAAUUGUCGGACAAACGCAGAGGCUCCGUCUACCCCGAUUCCCCGAGACCCCCAGUCAGUCAUUAUGAUUGCGGGGGUGUGAAGUACUAACUCAUAAGCAGGGCUUGCUAUUCCGUUUCUGCCAGGGCUUCUUCCAGCCGCCGACAUUGCAGGAAGGGUCUCUCCUGUUUGCCGUCUUGCGUGGAUUGGACUGGGGGACUGGGGCCAGAACUUCAC